UGUUGCGUGUGCGCGUGCAUGAGCUUCAAAGAACACCAAACAUUUACCAAAAAUAUUUGGUUUGAGUUGUUGUGGUAGUUGAAGAAACACUACUAAUACACAAAACCUGCUACAUGAAAAAGAAUCCAUAUAAACCAAAAAAAUGCAACACGCUCAACUUUUGCCUUUUCCUUGUGCCAUGUUUAUUUGGAUGAAAUGUUUCUCUUGAGAAAAUCUGUAUACAGUAGUAAAACACAAGUUCUGAAUUGAUGGUUCUUUAAACGCAGCAGCAGCAGGUUAAUUGGUGAGUGUAGUGUCUAAGAGAGGAAGAUGCAUAAGCCAGCAGAGGCAUUUGAGUUUGCUCUCAAGGAGACCUCACCCAACAUAGGGGCAGGUUCUGUCAUGAGGGACAAGCUAUCCUGCACCUAUGAUCUGGUUGAACAGAUGCAGUACCUCUAUGUUAGAGUGGUGAAAGCAAAGGAUUUACCAGGGAAGGAUGUUACUGGUGGUGUGGAUCCCUAUGUUGAAGUGAAGCUUGGAAACUAUAAGGGCCUCACCAAGCACUUUGAGAAAAAGUCCAACCCUCAGUGGAAUCAGGUUUUUGCCUUCUCCAAAGAGAGGAUUCAAGCUUCUGUUUUGGAGGUGGUGGUGAAAGAUAAGGAUGUUGUUGUGGAUGACUUUGUGGGGGGAGUGAUGUUUGAUCUCAAUGAAAUCCCAAAACGUGUGCCCCCAGAUAGCCCUUUGGCUCCACAAUGGUACAGGUUGGAAGAUAGGAGAGGUGACAAGGCCAAGGGAGAGUUAAUGUUGGCAGUUUGGAUGGGGACUCAAGCAGAUGAGGCAUUUCCUGAUGCAUGGCAUUCUGAUGCAGCAACUGUUGGUCCUGAGGCUGUUGCAAACAUAAGAUCAAAGGUUUACCUUUCACCUAAGCUUUGGUAUGUCAGGGUCAAUGUUAUUGAAGCUCAGGAUUUGGUGCCAAGUGACAAAAGCCGGUAUCCUGAAGUUUUUGUGAAGGCUAAUCUGGGGGUUCAGUUUUUAAGAACUAGAAUAUCUCAAAUUAAGACCAUAAAUCCUAUGUGGAAUGAGGACUUGAUGUUUGUUGCUGCUGAGCCAUUUGAGGACCCCUUGGUUCUGACUGCAGAAGACCGGGUUGGGCCAAACAAGGAUGAAAUCCUGGGGAGGUGUGUGAUUCCUUUGCACAUUGUGCAAAGGAGGUUGGACCAUAAGCCUGUGAACACAAAGUGGUUUAACCUUGAAAAGCAUGUGGUUGUUGAAGGGGAGAAGAAGAAAGAGAGUAAGUUCUCAAGCAGGAUACAUUUGAGGAUUUGCUUGGAAGGUGGCUACCAUGUGUUGGAUGAAUCAACUCAUUAUAGUAGUGAUCUUAGGCCAACUGCAAAGCAGCUUUGGAAGCCUAGCAUUGGAAUUCUGGAAGUUGGGAUAAUAAGCGCACAAGGGCUAAUGCCAAUGAAAACAAGAGAUGGUAGAGGAACCACAGAUGCUUAUUGUGUUGCUAAAUAUGGACAAAAGUGGAUCAGGACUAGGACAAUCGUAGAUAGUCUUGCUCCAAGGUGGAAUGAGCAAUACAUUUGGGAGGUUUUUGAUCCAUGCACUGUUAUCACAAUAGGGGUCUUUGAUAAUGGUCAUUUACACGGGGGAGACAAAUCAGGUGGAUCAAAGGAUUCAAGAAUAGGGAAGGUGAGAAUUAGGCUAUCCACUCUUGAAGCUGAUAGGGUAUACACACAUUCUUACCCUCUUUUGGUAUUGCACAAUUCAGGUGUGAAGAAAAUGGGAGAAGUGCAAUUGGCUGUAAGGUUCACAAGCUUAUCUUUGAUAAACAUGUUGUGUAUGUAUUCACAGCCCUUGUUGCCAAAGAUGCACUACAUCCAUCCUCUAUCUGUGAUUCAGCUGGACAGUCUUAGGCAUCAAGCUAUUCAGAUUGUGUCAAUGAGGUUGAAUAGGGCUGAACCACCCUUGAGGAAAGAGGUAGUGGAAUACAUGCUAGAUGUGGAUUCACACAUGUGGAGUAUGAGAAGGAGCAAAGCCAAUUUCUUCAGAAUAACCAAAGUUCUAGGAGGGUUGGUAGCCCUUGGAAGGUGGUUUGAUCAGAUAUGCAAUUGGAAAAACCCUCUCACAUCCAUACUCAUUCAUAUCCUUUUCAUAAUAUUGGUUCUUUAUCCAGAGCUAAUACUUCCCACAAUUUUCCUUUACCUUUUUCUGAUUGGAAUUUGGAACUUCAGAUGGAGGCCUAGACACCCUCCUCAUAUGGACACUAGACUAUCACAUGCUGAUGCUGCUCAUCAUGAUGAACUAGAUGAAGAGUUUGACACAUUUCCAACCUCAAAAUCAUCAGACAUUGUUAGGAUGAGGUAUGAUCGUUUGAGAAGCAUUGCAGGGAAGGUGCAAACUGUUGUAGGUGACCUUGCCACUCAAGGAGAAAGGUUCCACAAUCUGCUAAGCUGGAGAGACACAAGAGCUACCACACUCUUUGUGAUAUUCUGUUUCAUUGCUGCACUAGUUCUCUAUGUUACUCCUUUCCAAGUUGUGUCCCUUCUCAUUGGCUUCUAUGUCCUAAGGCACCCCAGAUUCCGCCAGAAACAUCCUUCAGUACCAUUCAACUACUUCAAGAGGUUGCCUGCUAGAGUAGAUAGCAUAUUGUAAACAUAAUUGCCUUGAUCAGAUAUUUUCAAGCCAGGGAAGAACAAUUGUGCAACUUGCCCCAUCAUCAAAAUGGCUAAGAUAAUAUGUCAAGUUUGUCCAUAUAAACUGUAAGUGUAUAAUUUCAUGUCACUGCUAUUAUGCCUGUCUAAUGUGAAUUAUGAAUGGUUUAGCUAGAUUUUCCUUGUAACCCUGUGAUGUUUUCAGUGUGCCAAACUAGUCAUUAUUAUUUUCAGUGAUUUCAAGUAUAGUUGAUGUUACUAAUGGACUGUCUCAUUCUAUUGGAGCCAGAGCCAUCAUAGUUGAUUAUAAGCCCUGCAACAAAUCUUUCCUUCAUCCCCAAAAAACAAACAAGCAUUUAAACUGAACAAUACUUCUAAGAGAUAAAUAAAAGGAUAACACUUCCUUGCAGUGUCAUAGGAAUUGUUAGUGUUGUUCUUCGAUCAGAAUUAAAGUUUUAUUGCACUAAUAUGUAUACAUCAAAUGUCAUCGCAUAUUAUUAAGGUGAGUUGAAACUCUAACUCCGAUGGAAGAAUCAUGCCAAUAACAACCAUGAUAUUGUCUCUAAGUUUUGUUUGAAAUAGAAUGCAAUAUUGAAUGAAAGAGUUUGUUUAAUGACAAAUGUAACCAUUCUUUGCUUCAGAAUUAGAAACCAUGGCUUGAUGUACGCGUUGCC